ACUGCACUACAGAGCAAAAAGAGAAACCUGGAAAACCCCUGUAUCAAAACAUCACACUGAGAUCGUUCGAUUGCGUGUAUACUGCUGCUUCGAGGCGCAGAGUUGCGCUUGGAAAAAAGAACCCGAAAAGUAGCUUAACUGUGAUUGAAUCGUGUCGAACACGACCUUAAUCCUUCGUUAAGCUCGCGUCAGGUUGCGGUCCACUGGGAACAGGGUGGAUUAGCGGAGAGAGAACGAAGCACGUGUGAAGGAGGAGGAGGAGGUGAAGGAAGAUGUAGAAGUGAGGCACACUGCAAGAGGACGACGUCGACGUUAUCUCGCAGCGAUCGGGCUUUUUGCCUUUUCUGCGGUAUUCUGCGUGCAUCCACGGGCCAAUUCUCUCGGUUUGCUUGGUUGGGUGGUUAAUAAUUGCUCUGGACAAACAGGAAGUUCCACAUAUAUAUUUGCGCGUGUGAGCGGAUUGCGCUCGAUGGAAAACAGACGAUUGGCGGUGAAGGUGGCGUGAUUUGGCAGUAAUUGUUGGACGAGGUGGACAGGUGAGGAUGUUUAAUCGAUUGAAGAAUCGGGUGCUGACGGUGGUUGGACCUGAUCUUCCAGCGCUGCCAUCAACGGUAGGUUUGGGUAGCGGUAGUUCACAUCACGGGCACAGCCGCGAUUCGGAUCACGGAGGGAAAGGUAACCUUCCGGAGAAGUUCCGCUAUGCAAGGCCGCAAUUUCUGCAGUUAUUGACGUAUGACGAGCUGAAGGCCAGUGCAGAUCAUAACGUGCGUCCGAUAAUCGUGCCGAGAGACAUCUCGCUGCUGCCGUGGAAUACCGGCUACGCGGAAUGUGUCAACUCGGGAAAGUCCGAGUGGAACGAGGACCAGGCUGCGUUCCACCGGCAAGUCCUCUCGCAUCCCUCCAAGCAGUACCAUGAUCUACCGUACACGUACUUCGGGAUCUACGAUGGACAUGCGGGUUACGGAGCAGCCCUGGCCGCUUCCAACCAGUUUCACCAUAUCUUGCACGAGAAGCUAGUGGACAUCAUCGACCUGUUGAUGCCUCGAAUGGAAGGAGAUGACACGGCACCGACCGGAGCGGGAAUCGGCUUGAACGCAAUCCUACCGCAUCCAAUCUUGUUCCACAAGCAAGUCAGCAAGGAUGAGCUGAUAGUAGGUGCGUUGGAAGCCGCUUUUGCCGACAUGGACGCCAUGCUGGCCGAAGAUCGCGACAAGUACCGAAACGCCGGAGGUUGUACGGCACUGGUUGCCCUAUUCAUCCUCGGAAAGCUCUUCGUAGCGAACGCGGGAGACUCCCGCGGCAUUCUCUGCAAACGAGUCCAUCGAAAGACCCUUCCAAACGUGCGACCGCCCUCCGUUCAUGAAGAAACCAUGAACGGGGACGCCACUACGGAGGAGGAAGAAGACGACCACAUCGUUUACGCUGAACCCUGCUCAUUCGACCACACUCCGGAGACGGAGCGGCCCCGACUGCUCACCGUCGGAAAGCUCAACCCAAACCUGAUGGGAGGUGAAUACGUGGCUAUGGAGUACGCUAAGAAGCCUAUGACCAAGGACUUGGGCACCAGGAUUCUCUACCGGCAGGGUACCAUGAAAGGGUGGACCUACAAAACCCUGACACGGAACGAUCUCAAAAUGCCGAUCGUUACGGGAGAUGGCAAGCGCAGUCGCCUCCUUGGCACAAUCGGCGUAACGCGAGGCUUCGGAGAUCAUGACCUGAAAGCUCUGGGCAGUGGGCUCCCGAUCAAACCAUUCCUCAGCUGCCACCCGGACGUGGUGUGCAUAGAUCUCAGCAAGAUCGAAACCGAUCCCUCUGAGGACAACGUCGACGGCGAUUACGGCGUGCUCGUAAUGGCCACCGACGGUCUCUGGGAUGUUACCUACUCACAGAAGGUAGCCAACACCGUGUUCACCACGUUGAAGAAGUUCCCUACCGAAAGGCAUCGAUACACGAUGGCCGCCCAGGAGCUUGUGGCCAAGUCACGGGGCCGCGCCAACAUCAACGGCCACUGGCGGUUGUCCGAUUCGCGGGCAGCUGCCACCGUCGACGACAUUUCCGUCAUCGUCAUCCCCGUCUAUCAGUACUAUUUGGAGUAUCUUGAUUGGAAGCGAUCACUCCAGAAACCGAAACCGGACCCCGUUUCGGCGGUUGCCUCCGAAGCCGCAGAAGAAGCUACCGUACUCGGCGAUUUGAGCCACCUGAACAGUUCGUCGUCGGAUUCCGAGCCGCUGGAGGACGCCCGGGAGCAAUCCUCCUCCAACAAUGAUAUUACGAGUUCGGCGAACAACUAGAUCCCGCAUCUGCUUUUGACUUAAUGGUAAUUCUUUCCUCGACUUUGCAACGUGAUUUUAUUUUUUAUUCCAAAAACUACUACAAUGACCCUUUAGAAAAAUAAUAGUACCGUGGAUUCACACCGCGUGGAGGACACGUGGACGAAAGCCCAGCUAGAUCGGUUCCACGGCCCUUGGGCGGGUGAAUCCAGAAACUUAUGAUAAUAGCACUACGUUUAAGUGAUCCUAGACUUCAAGUACUGCAAUUAGAAGCGAACUUGUCAUUCAGAGUUUGACGAGAGAUGACGAUGAUGUUGAUGAUAAGCAAGUAACCAAUAAGCUAUUGUUCGUGCUGAAAAUAUUAUAAAACAAAGAAAUAGCUAAAUAUAAAAUUUAUUUAAACUCCUCAA